CUUCCCACGAUAACUUGCACUUGUUGACGAGCACGCAUCGUCCCGAUCUGGUUCUUACACUUAACUGGACACUUGCCUUACGGUCAGUUACCAAUCCGUUAUUCGCUUUCUAGUGUGAAAUGUCUGUCCCGAAAAAUGAUUUAAGACUCAAUAUCGCCGAAAAUAAGUGAAAAGUGUACUCUCAGUGGAGCUUCUAUCAACUUUUGCGGGUGAAAUUAAAUAAAAAUAUUUCUUCUCAAAACUGCGGUCAAGGACCUGAUGUGAAAGAAAUGCUGUGUUUUGAAGAUUCUUUUGUUACCCACGCAGCUCAUGUUAACGUUAUCUGAAAUUAGUAAGUAAAAGAAAGACAAUACAGUGCGGUUUCGUCUUCAAAAGUUCCAAGUUGCCAGCUGCAAUAGAAUAGAAGAAGAUGGAACGUAAUAUUCCUGAUGUAAGAGACAUUUUCGGCCGUUAUAUUGCUGAUUCUUCAAAUAAAGCGAAGCAGGAAUUACGGUCUUAUGACUAUUCUCCUCGUAGUCGCAGACGAUAUGACUAUAUGGAAGAUUAUGAAAACCAUACAUCAAACCAUAGCUAUCACGUUCCUGAAAAUCGACCAAACAUUAGUAGCGGCAAUAAGAAGAACAGCAGAAAUCGACCUUCUAAUUUUGAAGAUUUUUCCGAACCACUAAAGCAAAAUAAAAAAACAGACGACAAUCAGAAGAAUGCUAAUUCCAAGAGCAAAGAUUCAGCCCAUUACUCCAACAGAACCCUAACUGAGAGAGAUAUUCGACACCUCGAACGCCAUUUGUCUAUGAAGAAGACUAUUCGAAAGCAGAUUAGUCGCAAUUUAGCCCAAGCCUUUGUAGAUGAUCCAGAAUUGGUGCUUAAAGAUUCGACUAAUCCUGCCACAAAGAAUAUUAAUAAAGUAUCGAAUGAUCGUACGUUUACACUCACGCGUGCGAAAGUGUCAAAAUCUGAGCAGAAUGUUCUCGAUCUCCUCAAGGACAAUGAACCUGACUCGGGACACUGUAGCACAGACAAUCCUAAUAGUUCCGACGAUGAUACGCAAGAGCAAACGAAGCAGCACCAUCACAUAAAAACUCCUGACAUACAAUGUGGCAACAGCAGAGCAGUGCCACCCGAGAAUAGGAGUAAAAUGGAACAACCGUGCAAGGAUGAAGGAAAAUUUUCUUUUUGGAAGAUGUUUUCGGUUAAAAACCGGAGCAAACGAUGAUUAAAUUAUUUUAUUUCGAAUGCCUGAUGGAUGAUGAACGCAGAUUGAGCACAUUUGCCAAACGUGAUGCUUUAUAAAUAGUUACUAAACUUUACGUUAUCUGUGAUAAUCCAUGAAAAGAAUUUUGGUGCAUUUUGAUUGUGGAUCAUGUAUGGAAUUAUACUGCUCUGCAAAAAUAUGAGUAUACCUUCGCUUUUCGUACCAUAUAUUGGAAAUUAAGUAUAUUUUUAACACUAAUAUGACUAACACUCUUCCUUUAAAUAAUAUCCAGAUCAAUUCUUAACAAAAGAGACUUUGCAUAAGAAGUAGUUGCAGUCACAUCACAUUUACCCUAUUAUCGGUUACGAGUACGUAUUCAAAAACAUCUAAUAAAAAUUUCCAAAUACACAUGUAUUUUCUUUGUAAUGCGCAGAUUGUCUUUAGCUGCCAUGAUAUUGAUUAGGGUAGGACACGUAAUAUAAAUACAAUCGCAUUUAUCUUGCUUAUUUAUUAAAUUCAUGCUAACGAACUUCAUAAACUUCAAUACUUCAAUUUUGCUGUAAUUAAAAAAAGUACUCAGGAGUAAGUUGUAAAGAUAAAAUGUUUUCGUCUUGAACUAUUAAAUAAAUAAUAUGAACAAUUGAAAUAUUAACAAUAAUAAAACGGUUUCAUUAGAGAGUUUCUCAAGCAAAUGCGAACACACUAAAAUACACUGUAUAUCAAGGCUCUGUGUAUUAGGGCUUGGUAUGCAAUGCAUUAAUCUCUUUCAUUUUUUAUUUACUUAUUUUUUUUUUAGCCCAAAGGGACAAUUUGCCCAGAAGGGCUAUUAAUUUCGUUUUGACAUUUUGCAUUGGUUCACUAUAAACGGUGUUUCACUUUCCGCCGUG